GUACGAUCACUUCCUUUCGGGCUUCAGCCACAAAUAAAUACAUUCUCGUCGCUGACCGAGGGUUAUGCUGACUGCCGGACAGCUCAAGGCUUUCAGAAAUCAUCCCCAACGACGAAUAAUAGAGAGAGCCCUAAGCCGCCGUGUGUCGCAAAAAUUCCCAUUCCAUUUGACUUCCGGGAUUACCUCCGUUAGGUCCGAAGCGCUCGCAAAAGGUUGGGUUGGACAACGUAGACGAAGACAAAGACUCAGACUCAUCGUAACGUGAUACCAUCAUCUAAAGGGUUUCCUACCCCGCAAUCCUUUCUUACUUGCAAAUCAUUAUACCUCAGUGAUUCCACGAGCGAACAGGCCCCCGUACCUACGUAUGAAACGAGCACCAUGGAGACGGCAACGCCUGUAUCAGUGGCUCCGGACGGCCUACCCCACGAUAAUAGCCCAUCCACAUCGGAAAAGAGAGCACGACUAUCUUGUGUGAAUUGCCGCAAGCGAAAGGUGGCUCUCAUCCAGCUCCCAAUACCCAUUCAGGCUUCUAUCUGUUUUAUGGCUGACGGACUUUCAUAGGUGAAAUGCGAUCGAAGAGAGCCCUUCUGUACAGCCUGUGAGAAACAUCAGGAGCAAUGUGUCUACCCUUUGGAAAGAAAGAGGGUGGUCCGUCGUUCGUAAGUUCCCCGUGAUUCGAUUUAUUUGACAAACAUCUAAUUUCGUAAUCAUAGCGCAUACAAAGACAUGGCUCAGAUAGGUGCCCUUGGAGAAACUGACCCCGUACAUACUAACAUCACACACAGGUUGGCAAAAAUGGAACGCCUCAUUUCGGAUUUUGGUGUAACCACAGGAAGCGAGGACGGUGCUUCUCCGGCUAUUUCGGAUGCCAGUCUACCUGAUACUAUCAAGAGAGAGAAAUCAUUCAAAAGAAAUCACAGAUUGAUGCUACCUUCCCCAGUAGAGGAGACCGAUUUCGCUUGGGAAAUUCCCGAAACAGAUCCCUCAACGUCAAGAGAUGAUCUUACGAAGAAGAUAGCUGCUGGCCACGAAGAGGGGUUUAAAGGUAUGCAAGAUGACUGGCCAUUAUUUCCUAUCACCCUUCUCCUACCAUGCGAAAUAUUUCUAUAUGGGCAUGGUUAUUGUUUCAGAAGGUCUUAAGAAUGAAGUCAUCGAUGUUUCUGGUUGUCCCAAACCCCAUUGAAUAAUACCCCGAGAACACCCUCGAAAACUUUUAUUACAAUGCAGUUCAACAAUCGAUUUCUUCGACCAGCCAUUCAAUCCUAGUCACGGUUUACUGAUUCGCAGUUGUAGGACCAUGCUCGCUAUUCUCACCCAAAGGAAUGGAAUGGGUCAACGCCAUGGUUGGGGAUGGAAGCUUUAGCCAGAUGUUGUGUAACUUCAAGUCAACUCGAAGACCCAGAGAACUCGAAUUUGAUCUGGCAAACCGACAUCCUCUACCGCCCCCGGAAAUUUUGUUUGCUUGUGUCACUUGUGUGUAAAGACAAUAUUUCGCAAAGAUGGCCUCAGCUAAUUAUGAGAUGUAAGCUUACCUUUCAACACUCAACCGAGACAUGAUACUUUUUCAAGACUAUGUCAUCAUGGACGGACUGCGGGAGUACUUGGCAGGCAAAGCUCCCCAUGGAAACGGCGUAAGUUAUUUUCAUCCGAGCUCUUGAUCGAAGCGGUACCCUCUUCACAUCCGCUUGUUUCUCGGGGUUUAAGCUGAUCACGUUCGCAUUUAGUGGUAUGUUGCUAUAAAUAUUAUAGUGGCACAUGCGCAUCGCAAUGAACCUACCUUGAUAGGACGACAGCCUGUAGAAGAUUCCGAUAAAUUCUUGUACAAUGUGCUUGCUAUGCUUCCCUCGAUUAUUUUGACGCCGGUCAAUGAGCUAACUGUGGGGGCUUUACUGUCCACGGUAAGUAACUGCUGCUGAUGUUUGCAUGCUUGCUAAUUCUCAAGGUGCUUUACUUCAUGUUCAAUUUUGAAAACCAACCUUCAACAUCCAUUCUCAGUAUCGCAUUGCAACAUAUGACGAUGGCUCGUUAUAACUCCAACGUCAGGCUCCACGGUUGUUCUGAGGCCGAUUUUCAGUUAAGACGAAGACUUUUCUGGAACGGCUAUGUUCUUGAUAUGGACCACUCACUGAGACUCGGAAAACCGACAAGUAUCAGCCCAAGUAUAAACAUGAAUUUACCUGAAGCAGUGCCCGCCGACGGAAUUGGAGUACACAUGAUAGGUGGCGUUCAAAUCAACUUCCUCAGGGAGCACGUCUUGUUGGCAAAGAUUCAAGGCAAGUUGCACGAGAGGCUUUAUUCCGAAAAGUCUUUAAGCCAGUCUCCAGAGCAACUAUACGCCAAUAUUGACGAGCUAGAUGACGACCUCCAGGCCUGGAAGGAGAAUUCGCCGGACGUUUUGCGACCCAUGAUCACAUUAGAUCGUUCCAACUACGAAAAUUUGAUAUUCCUGACUGUCCUUCACUAUACCUACUUUCAGUUGAUCAUCGCCGUUCACUCCGUUGUAUUUCAUGGGUUUGCCGCGCAUAAUGCUGAUGACCGAGACGAGAGGAUCAUUGGGAGUGUGGCGUUGUGUGUUGGUGCUGCAAGGGCGUCAAUAGCUCUCCUAAAUCAUCACGAUAACACACAUCCAUUUACUCGGUAUUUACUCUUUCCAUGUAGUAUGAUAUCUCAGCUAAAGAUGGAAUUUAGGUACUUGGUCAACCAUGUCGCAUGGAGCGUUGAUAUUCUAUUCAUGAAUAUUCUCCAGAACAAGUCCAGUCCCAAGGUUUUCGAAGAUCUCAAGCUGUUGCAAAGACUCGUUGAAUACUACGAGAAUUAUGAUGCAGAGCGCGAUUCAUCGGUGGCUUAUAAAAUGACGAAAGCUAUGUACACGGUCGCUUCGAGGGCCAUCGUAAUGACUCAGAAUGCGGCGCCUUCGAUUGAUGAACAGCUGUCUGGGCUUGGACUUCACAACUCUCCUCCAUGCAACCCACUACCCGAACUUUCUCUUGAUGCGCUAGUAGAGCCGGCGACAGCAUCUAACGGGUUCCCUGCCAACAAUAUCAACUACCCCAAUGGUGGUGCGGGAGUUACUGGGAAUGGAUUCAGUUCGAUGCCGUUUUUGGAGUCGGAAUGGAUGAUGCCUCUUGGUUUUCAACCUGAAUAUUGGCAGGAUCCUUGGGCCAACGUUUUCCAGGACCCGGACUUGUCUGAUUUGGCAUAA